AUGGCCAUGCAUAUGCCAACACUGUUGGCCCCCAACCUCUUCUAUGUAGCCUCGUCCAUCCUGAUUGGCUCCACUAUUGUUACAUAUCUCUUGAAAUUCAUCAAGCUCGACCUCAAACCCUUUCUGUCAACAAAGCCUGGCAAGGCCCUUGAAGUCAGCCUCCAGACCGCCUUUGAACGCUUCUUAAAUGUACUAUCCGUCUCAGACCCCCUCAGUCCUCCAACAAGCCCAACCACCAUGUCUUCACGAGGCUACUUGGAGAGCAUUCCCUACCGCCGUGGGUCUCGUCCCGAGGUUGAGGGCAUUAGUAGCCCCAUCCAAAAGACGCAACUUCCUCCGUGGGAAGAAAAGGACGUAGAAGACAGUCUGCGCAACCUCAUCAUCGAUAUUCCAUCCCGCUACCCCCAGUCCACCUACCUAGGCCGCUCUACCUUUGAGCCCGAGUCCCCAAUCUCUCUGUAUGCCCGCCACCGCGUCUUCGACGAGACCAAGUAUUACGGAGAGAUCCUCAGUGCCAACACUGAAGACGGUUUCAUCCACUCGACACUCCACCCCAGUGAUGUCAAGAUUGUUAUUGAGAAGGGCUGGGGUCAGAGACAUCCUCUUUCCGGCCGCGUCGGAUCUCGAUUCAUGCGCCUCUUCAGCGCAAAUCAGCCAAGCCAUGUCGAGGGUUCUCAAGUUCUGCUCUACGCACCCAGGGAUCAAGACGACUUGGAGGUUAUUCAGAAUAUCAUCAACGCGGCAGUCUGGUGGGUUGGAGGUAUCGACAACAGAGUCGACGCUGAGAACUUCUGA